CUCCGGGCUCCGGCUGCGGGCGGGGCCGCGCUCAGUGUCGGCAGCGGACGGGAUGCGGUCGGACUCCGGGCGGUUCCCCGCCCUCCUCGCCCUGGCGCUCGGCCUCGGGCUGUCGGCGGGGCCGGCGGGCGGGCUGCCUGGUGAGGAGUUGACUGUCCUGUACUGGCUGGGACUUGGUGACAGUCGUCGAGUGGUCACUGUGCAAAGCCGGGAGCUGUGCCCAGAUGGUGGUGUGCUGGGUGUGUCUGUCGACAACAGAGAGCUGGUCUUGGACAUCAAGCGUAACCAGCAGCUGGUUGCCCGCGGUUACACAGAGACACAUUAUCUACAGGAUGGCAGCCGAGUGACGAUCAGUCCGAACUACACGGAGCACUGCCUUUACCACGGCCAUGUCCGCAACCACCCGCACUCGUGGGUUGUCCUCAGUCUGUGCUCAGGGGUCAGGGGGGUUGUUGCUGUGGAUACCGCUGACAGUUACUACCUGCAGCCGGUCAGCGGUCAGCACCACAUGGUGUCCAGGACAGAGCACCAGCCGAUCCGCUGGGGGAGGUGUGGACAUGGAGAGGACAGGGGGACGGACCAGGGCUCGAUGGCUCGUCUGGUGCAGCGGUUCCACAGGGUGCGACGGGAUUCCUGGACCACCGAGAAAUACGUGGAAAUGUACAUAGUGGCCGACCACGCAGAGUUCCAGAGCCAGGACCGGGAUCUGCGGAAAACCAAGGACAGGAUCCUGGAGAUAGCAAAUUAUGUGGAUAAGUUUUACAGAAGCACGAACAUCCGGAUCGCACUGAUUGGGCUGGAGGUGUGGACACAUGGAGACCAGAUCACCAUGAGUGGAGAUCCCAACGUGGUCCUCUCCGCCUUCCUCAAGUGGAGGCAGCAGCUGUGGGUCCGAGCCAAGCAUGACAACGCCCAGCUCAUCACGGGCAUUAAGUUCCAGGGCACGACGAUUGGGAUGGCCCCGCUGGAGGGAAUGUGCUCUAUCGACACAUCAGGAGGAGUGAGCAUGGAUCACUCGGACCCUGCUGUCGGUGCGGCUGCCACCAUGGCCCAUGAGAUCGGACACAACCUCGGCCUGAGCCACGAUGGGGCCUGGUGCUGCGGGCAGGCCCCGGAGCUGGGGGGCUGCAUCAUGGCUGCAGCCACAGGCCACCCAUUCCCGCGAGUGUUCAGCUCCUGCAGCCUGUCGGAUCUGCGCCGGUAUUUCCGUCGAGGUGGGGGCGCCUGUCUGUACAACCGUCCCGACAUGGAUCGACUGUACGGAGCCCGUCGCUGUGGCAACGGGUACGUGGAGGGGCAGGAGGAGUGCGACUGUGGAGAGGUGCAGGAAUGUGUGAACCCAUGUUGUAAUGCCAAUAACUGCACACUGACCCGGGGGGCAGAGUGUGCACACGGAGUCUGCUGCAGUCAGUGCAAGUUAAGGUCCGCCGGGACGGUAUGUCGCAAGGCCGCUGGAUCAUGUGACUUGCCAGAGUACUGCACGGGAGCGUCAGCAUUCUGUCCUUUCAACGUUUACAGAGCAGACGGAUCAAGCUGUGAGAACGGCCAUGCCUACUGUUACAAUGGGAUGUGUCAGUCUCACCGGCAACAGUGCGAGCAGCUCUGGGGAUCAGGUGCCCUGCCUGCCCCCCUGACCUGCUUCGAAGCUGUCAAUGCUGCUGGCAAUGACUAUGGGAACUGCGGAAAGGAUGGUGAGGGAGGCUUUCUUAAAUGUUCCAGCAGCGAUGCCUUGUGCGGCAAAAUCCAAUGUCUGACUGCGGCAAAGAGCCCCCGAGAGCGCAACACGGUAUCCAUCGACACCACCCUUCACCACAACGGCAGGGACGUGAAGUGCCGUGGCACCUACCUGUACUCAGCUCAGGAGGACCGGGGAGAUGAGCCCGACCCUGGGCUGGUGAAAACGGGCACCAAGUGUGGCGAUGGCAGGGUGUGUCUGCAGCAGCGAUGCCAGAACGCCUCGUUCCUCGACCUCACGGCCUGUGAGGAGAAGUGUCACAGUCAUGGGGUGUGUAACAGUAACAGGAACUGCCACUGUGACCCUCACUGGGCACCCCCGUACUGCGAUAAACCUGGGCUAGGAGGCAGCAUUGACAGUGGACCCGUGCACAGAGACAGUUACACGGUGCUGAUGGUGGGGCUGCUCCUGACCUUCCUGCUGCUGCUUCCGGCCCUGCUGACGGCCGGGCUCUGCUGUUACCGACACCGGGGGGCACUGAGUGACCGCUGGGCCCAGCGCUGGGGCCCACUGCCCUGCACACACAGAGCUGCCCGGCCCCAUCUCCCUGAAACCAGUGCUGUUGCGAUGUCGGAGCUGCAGUUGGAACAGAAGGCGCCCAGCAGGCCGGCUCCGUCUCGUCCUCCGUCUCGUCCUCCGGCUCUGUCUCGUCCUCUGGCUCCGGCUCCGUCUCGGUCUCUGGCUCCAUCUCGGGCUCCGUCUCGGUCUCCGGCUCCAUCUCGACCUCCAUCUCGUCCUCCGGCUCCAUCUUGGUCUCCGGCCCCGUCUCGUCCUCCGGCUCCGUCUCGGUCUCCGGCUCCAUCUCGUUUGCCGAAGCCCAGUGCCGAGGGUCAGCAGCAGCCGGUCAGUGUCGUGCGGCCGAUGCUGGCUGCAAACGCUAGAGAGGAUGCUGGGAAGAGUCAGCAGGGAGGGGCACUGAGACAUACGGGGCCCCAGAGACCCCUCCCCUUCAGAGCCGGUGUGUCAGUAAACGACCCUGUCUCCGGUCACCGAACCCUCACCACAGCAGGAGUUGUCUCCCCCAGCUCUGCACUCAGACACACACCGGACAUCAGCCGCAGGAGAGUUGAUAACAGGCGCUGAAGCAGAGUGUUGUACCGACAGUUGGUGCCUCUCACACCACCAACAGCUGCCUGUAACCCACCACCGGCUGCCUGUAUCCCACCACCAGCUGCCUGUACCUCCCCAGCUCAGCCACUCUCACCACCUGUCCAAUAGUCCUGGUGUGGGCAGGGGAACAGCUCCGCGCCGGGGACACGGGGUGUGGAACAGCUCCGCGCCGGGGACACGGGAUUGGAACAGCUCCGCGCCAGGGACACGGGGCGUGGAACAGCUCCGCGCCGGGGACACGGGAUUGGAACAGCUCCGCGCCGGGGACACGGGGUGUGGAACAGCUCCGCGCUGGGGACACAGGAUUGGAACAGCUCCGCGCCAGGGACACUGUGUGGAACAGCUCCGCGCUGGGGACACGGGGUGUGGAACAGCUCCGCGCC